CUUUUGUGCUCAGUAAAUUUGGGUUGAUUUUGCGCUCGUCCACUGGGUGGUUAGUCGGUAGUAACUCUCUUCGAAAAGGGUGUGUUAUGUGCAGUUGACAAGCAGUGGAAAAGUGUCCAUAGGAAUAAUAAAAAUAUCUCCUUAUAAUAAAUUAUUUUUAGUAAUAGCUAAUUACAUAGUAACAAAGUAUCAAAAUAUAGCUUUAUAUUGGUGAAUAUGUCCACUUUUGUGAAUGCUGUGCGUGGCCUCUUCCGACGCCAUCCCUUUCUCACCAACAGUGCAAUCUAUGGCAGUUUGUAUGUGGGCGCUGAGUAUUCUCAGCAAUAUUUAAUGAAGCAUAUGCUGCCAAAAAACGAUGCGGAAAAAGAGGAUAUCGAUUAUGCCACAAUAGGUCGGUAUGCUGUAAUGGGCACAACCGUUUACGCGCCAACACUCUAUAUAUGGUACAAAUGGUUGGAUAGAACGUUUCCAGGAACUGCUAAGCCCAUAAUCAUAAAGAAGCUGGUCUUGGAUCAAUUUGUGUUGACACCAUACUUGUUGACUGUCUUCUACACAGGCAUGUCGCUUAUGGAACGCGCAGAGGAUCCCUUCAAGGAGUUGCGCGAGAAGUUCGUUCCCACAUUUUUACGUUCCUGUACCUUCUGGCUGCCGGUACAAACAUUAAAUUUCAUUUUAAUCGCGCCGAGAUUUCGCGUGAUUUACAUGGGCGUUUGCGGUUUCAUUUGGGUGAAUAUACUGUGCUGGAUUAAGAGGCAGCGAAAUGAGUUGCAGUCGGAGAGUGAGGUGAAAGUGGCGGCUCAGUAAAUGCACGAAAUAAGAACUUAGCCGAAUUUAAAAAUAACCUUUUUGUUUUUUUAAGCGCGUAGUUAGUUAGAAAACGCAUUGCACGGCGAUUUGAGUUUAUAUACAUAUAUACUACAAAGCCAAAAGAAGGCUUUGUAUGCUUACAUUUCCGAAAGUGAAAAUAAGUAUCGAAGUAGAGCUUUAAUUUUUAAGUUAAUACACAUCGGAAGAGGGUAAAACACAAUGAGCAGCUGAAAUAAAAAUUUUCUAAAAUCUAAAGUUUCCCAAGUUUUCUAAAAAAUCGUUCUAGUUCUGAACUUUUUCUUCCAUGUGAUUGUGUUUUUGCGUUUCGCUCCCGGAAAAAAGAAGUGGUCUCAGAGAAAAAAAGUUCUGAACUAAAACGAUGAAUCCGCCUUAAUGGGUCUGAAAGGGAAAGGAUUAACACUAGCAACUGAGCAACGAUUUUAAACUGCUCCUUUCCAGCCUAUCGUAAAGCGGCUGAAAUGGGUUCCUUUCUGUUAUUUUAAUGGAUUCAAGCAGACUCGUCAGAUUAUUGUUGAAAGGAUCUUCAUGCUUAUUUAUGAUUUAUCUAUCAAUGUACAUUUUUAUUCCAUAAUAGAAUGUGCAUUCAAAGUCAGAUACUCUUGAAAAACCCUUAUUCCAAGUGAAUCUGGUCAUGCGACUUCCAACCUUAAAGCUUUCCUAAGCAAUUUUAAGGAUGUUCCAUUUAAGAAUAUACAGUGCACCGACAAAAGAGUUUACAAUAAUUACAUUGCCAUGGAAAACCUUGACUUAAUAAGGAUUCUUUAGGGGCAUCAGUAUCAGAGUAAUUGUCUAUAAGUAAGUUAACAAAUAAAAUACCUUAGGUACACUCCGACAGCUCCGUAAUGAAUGUCCCUAUUAUUAAAUCUGAGCUUUUUUUUUGUAAUUUUGUCAGAGUAGCACGUUUUAGAAGUUUUUCAUAGAUACUAAUAUGAAAAUUUUGCAUAAGGUUAGGUAGUAUCUAAGUAACCUCGUUUGGAUUAUGUAAUUUGUAAUUCUGUUUACGUUGAAAUGAGAUGAAAGCAACUUGCUAAAGAAAUUUUAUAUUAAAUUACUAAAUUAAAGGCGGUGCAAUAUUUGCUAACAAUUACAUAAAGAAGCGCUUUUUUUAUUUUGAAAUAACUACAUAUGCACAAAUUGUAAAAGUGAUUUAAAAUAAAAUAAUUGGCUACAAAAAAUACAUAC